CCCUUCGGAUACCCAGCGAACAUACCUAUCCAACGCAUUUCUUUCAGCCACAACUGAAACCUAUCUAAACCGCGGUUGCUUUCAUCACUUGUCUUGGGUCAGUACAUAAGGCGGUACAAGUAGGUGCACUGCAUCGACGACGUAAGUCGAUCCGAUCCGGGCCCCUCUUCCACUUUUCUUUGAUCCUGCCGUCCCUCUCACCGAUAUCUUGACUAACACUUACGGUACACCGUGACUAUAACAGCAUUCCUAACCUUUAAACCUAAUAACACCCUACUCUUCCUGUUACAACCAUUAUUAUCAACCUAGAAGUCUUUACAGACAACAGUUCAUCAAGAUGAACAAAACUCGCCCCCUCCUCGCCCUACUCUCCCUCUUCUUCAUCGCCAUCUCCCUCAUCCUCCUAUGGUUUGUCAUCCUCUCCGGCAUCACGCGGACCUCGCCCCUUCGACAGACCUACUUCCUCCGCGCCGACACCAGCGGCAUCAGCGGCGCCCGCGACGUCUCACAAUGGACCUACUUCAAGGUGUGCGGCCUCAACAACCUGGACUGCGGCCCCGCCCGUCCUGCGCUGCCUCUCGGUGAUGCCUGGGAUAGCAACCCUACUGGUGCGCCCGCUGGUCUUACGGGCAAGUAUGGCGGACAUACGACCAGCCAUUACUUCUGGUACAUGUGGCGUUUCGGCUGGGUCUUCUUCCUGCUUGCGCUCCUCUUCGAGACUUUGGCUUUCUUCUCGGGCUUCUUGGCUUGUUUGGGACGCGUGGGCGCUGCGGUGUCGGGAAUGAUUGCUUCUUUGGCGCUGGUUAUGUUGAGUAUCGCCGUUGCUUUGAUGACCGCCACCUUCGUUAAAAUGCGCAACCAUUUCCACCGCGACGGCCGCGAGGCCCACCUCGGCCGGUACGCCUUCGGCUUCGCCUGGGGCGCCUGGGCCGCUUUAGCCAUCAGCACCGUCUUGUUCCUUUUGGCUAUGCUCAAACGCGACAAGAACCACUAUGUCAACCGCCGCGCCACUUAUGCUACCAACGGUCACGAUCACGUUGUCGCCGACGGCCCCGUGACGGGCCCUAGCGAGGGAAGAAAACGUGGCGUUUUCAACUGGGGCCGCCGUAGCAACAGUGGCAAGUCCUUCGAUGGACGGAGGGUUAAGGAUGACUACUAAAUGCAAUGCGCAACUACACAGCGAGCAAACCGGUCAUACCGCCAUCGCCGGCGCCGCCGGUAAUGAGCGGUGGUCCGGCGCCGGCACCGGCGUUGGGAACGGCGAUUCUGGAUCAUUCAAAUGCGCAUCCGUAUGCACCUUACCGACCGCC